CUGAUGGGCGAUGACGACCCAGGGCUGGCGCUACCACGGCAGUUGGUGGCAGAGUGGCUGCAAUUUUGGAGGCGGCACCCUGAGCACCAUGCUCGAGUCCAGUGAGCUUGGGCGAACAUCUACCGGGAGCUCCGUGGCAGGCCGCCGGAGCGCAGGUGGGCCAAGGUGAAGGGGGCCAUCUCAGCGGUCAUCUGCACGCUGUUGACGGCUGGAUGGGACGUACCCACAGCAGUCGAGCGACAGUCGGACGUCGACGAGCUCUGGAGGAUGAGUGAGGGUCCUAAUGAGGUCGACGACGCCGAGUUGCUGGAGGAGGUGGCCGCCAGCAUCAAGCGCACGUGGUGGAGGAGCGCGGCGCAGCACGACGCGGGGAAGGGACUCGAGGGUGGCCCUGACCUCCAUCAGGCCAGGCGGCAGCUGGCCCAGCUGCAGAGAGAUGGUGACCAGAGCACCUGGGCGCUGCAGCUGCAGGUCAUGACGGGCGCCUCCUGGACGAGGGUUCGGCAGCAGGAGCGAGGCUUGGCAAGCACGGACCUUUGCCCGCGCUGCGGGCUGCGCGAGACCCUCCUGCAUAGGGUCUGGACUUGCCCGUGCAACCAGGGGCACGAUGACUACUCCAGCACGCAGUCCCUGCUGGAUAAAGCGGUCGAGGGGCACGAGGCGGUACCGUGCCUGUGGCUCCGGGGCCUGUCGCCAGCCAGCUGGACGAAGUACACGUACCCCGCGGGCGCCUCCGACUUCGAGCGCCAGACGGGCAAUUGGGCGGAGGUCGAGAGUCAGCGCGGCGCCGACGGCUUCCUCGACGCCUUCGGCGACGGCUCGGGUGGCGAGCACAGCGACGACCCCAGGCUCCGACAGUGCGGAGUCGGCGUGGCUAUCAUGCGCGCCUUCGUGGAGAACGAGGACCACUCCCCGAUGGUCGUGGCGGGCAUCGUCGCCGGCCUGCCUGGGCCUAAGCAGACGGUCCCGAGGGCCGAGCUGUGGGCCUUCCUGCUGGCGCUGAGGGCCACUCGAGGCGACCUACGCUUGGUGACGGGCUGGAGCCGCGGGCGCCAUAGGCAGCCGCCACGUGGAAGGAAUGCUGACUUGUGGUUGGCCAUCCGGGCCGCUGUGAAUGAGCGGGGUGAUUCCAGAAUUCAAGUUGCGUUUUUGCACAGUCAUUUGGAUGAAGAGUUGACGGGGUCGGAGACCCCCCAGCAGUUGUGGCAGAUUGCUGGAAACACUUGCGCCGAUGUUUUCGCAGGUGAAGCUGCCGCCGAGGUUUUGGGUAAAGCCACCGCCAAGCCUGAGGUCGGACGGGUCGACGCGGUGGCCCACCUCGUGCGGCGCAGGGCGGUCCGUGCUAACUUGGACUGCAUGGCUGUCGACCCCAUUAAUUCGGAGGCCGUGCCGAAGGGCCCUAGGAUGUGUAAGCAGGCGGUCCUGACUGCCUCGUCGCCCCACCAUCUUGAGCGUGUGGGGGCGAGAUGGUAUUGCAGGAUCUGUGAGCGUUCCGCCCUGCACGCGGACCCAGAAUGGUUUGCGACAUCCGAGUGCAGGCCGACGCAAUUCGCAACAGCUGGCGCGGUGUGCGUGCAUCGUCCUCGGGUGGGAGGGUCGUCGCGGUCGGGUCUGAGUGUGGGUGGGAAGGCACUGCACCCGUCGCACACCCUCCUUUAUGUAGAUCAAUUCGACUUGUAUUUCUGUUCCUCCUGUGGGGGCUGCAGCAGUCUAAUGGCAAGGGCUCUUGCGGAGAAGUGUGACCAUAAGACGGCCAAAGGAGAGCAGAACCUUAGGCGAAUUGCAUGGGGCUUAUGGCCUCACCCGAAGGGCAUGCCCAAGAAAGUUCAGGAGGCCCUGCACUGGCGGGAUGCCAAUAGAGCGGUCACCAGAGCUAAUGCGAAGGUGCACGCGUGAGUGUGCAUGUAUAGCAUAGCAAGCAAGUUUAGUACGAUUGCGUACUGCUCAUGCCG